GCGCGUUGCAGUGCACUGCAUCUCUACAACUCUAGGGCUACUUUCGUUUCUUUAUUUAGGGAUUUUCCGCAGACUGAAGACGCCUGGACCAAGAAGCAGGAACAGUCAGGAAUAGUUCACUUUUGUUGUUAAGACUUGUGUUUCUUGUUUCUCUGUUUUCUUCUUGCAUUCAGCCGGAAUUUGCCUCUCGGUGGCAUGGCUUCCAGCAUUAAGGCUCUGCAGCAGUGGUGUAAAAUACAAUGUGAUGGCUACAGAGAUGUGACUAUUACGAACAUGACAACUUCUUUUAGGGAUGGAUUGGCUUUCUGCGCGCUUAUCCACAAACACAGACCGGACGUAAUAGACUUUGAUUCCCUCAGUAAGGAGAAUGUGUACGAAAACAACAAUCUGGCUUUCCAUGUGGCUGAGGAGAAGCUGGGGAUCCCAGCAUUGCUGGAUGCAGAGGACAUGGUUGCACUGAGGGUUCCAGAUAGACUCAGUAUCCUCACCUAUGUAUCCCAGUAUUACAACUAUUUCCAUGGUCGCUCACCCAUUGGAGGGAUGGCUGGUAUCAAACGACCAGCUGAGGAUUCCAAGGAACAGCCAGCUGGCAAGAAAAAUCUUCCAGUGGUGGCAAAGCAAUACCCGAGUAAACCAACAACAGAGACACAGAAACCCCCCACCACCAUCACCACCGCUUCCUCCAAACCAGCACCAGCACCGGCUCCAGCAAAACCAGCUGAACCAAAAAAAGUUUUGGUGGAAAGCACAAACAAAACUGGAACCCUUAGCAGCACCUGUGCUGUGUGCAAGAACCAUGUUCAUCUGGUACAGCGACACCUGGUGGAUGGUAAGCUGUAUCACAGAAACUGCUUCAGGUGCAGGCAAUGCUCAAAUACCCUUCUUUCAGGAACAUACAAACCAGGACCAGAAUCUGGAACCUUUAUCUGUACCACUCACCAGCACAACCAAAACAAGAGUACGCCCACUUCUGCAGGUUUUAUAGGAAGGGGGACCUACAACAACACCACUGCUGUCCCAGCCAAAACUGGACUGACCUCUGUGACUGCCAGAAACCAAAGCCCUGCAGUAACCCUCCCAGCAUCGAAUGCAACAACCACCGUUAGUUAUAACGUCAAACCCAGCGUGGUGACGACUCCAGCCAAACCAUUGACGCCAGUGGCAGAGAAGACACAGGUGGCCAGGGAAAAAUUCUUCCAGUCCAGCCAUGUGACUCCGGUUAACCCUCCAACGAACAGAUGGGCUGCUGUGAACGUGGAGACACCUGGUAAACCUGCAUCCUCGCUGCAGACUGCCACUGAUAAAGACAAGGCUCGGUCCUUUUUAACAAAGAAACUACCACUGGAGGGGAACAGUAAUAACAACAACCAUACACCAUUGGCACCUGCAAGCUCUGGAGUGGUCAAAUCACCCGAGUCGCAGUUCACUAGCAGAUUUGGUAGUAAGAUGACUGGAGCAGAUGUAUCCAGUUGGAAAAGAGACAAUAAAAGCUCUGGAACAAGUGGGCGGAGACCAGUUUCUGCUUUUGAACCCUCGACUCAAGUUCAAAUAAACAUAUCUGUACCAGCGGGACUCAGGACAGCAUCGCCGAAGAUCAGCAGGUCAUCUGGACUUCUUCAUGAUCCUUCCAAGAAGGGUGUUGCACUGCCAUCAAACACCAAAGAUUGUCUUUGGAACACUGUUACCAGCACAACAGAAUCUCCAGCAGAUUGGAGAUCCAAAUUGAAACCUGUGUCAAAGGGACCUGUUAUUAACAAUAUUACAGAUACUAAAGACAAACCAGCUGUUUCAUUCACCUCUGAAGUCAAAGUAGACAUACCCUCCAAACCGAGAACCAUAGUUACUUCAGUCAGUCCAACAGUCAGACCUGCAUCUGAGGAUUUCUCCUCGACCAGUGCCAGAUCUGUGCCGCCUUCUCCCAGCGCUGAUUAUAAUAAAGGAAGAUCUUCACCCAGGCAGAACAGCAAUGGGACUCGUACACAUGUGAACAGAAACGUGGAUUUCUCAAAGAGUCCAUCUGAUAAAGAUAUCUCCAGCCCUGAAGUGGUGUCACCAAAGUCCCGGCCGCACUACAUCCCAGAGGAGAAGAUCCAGGAGGAGUUGAAUGAUAUCGAGGCUCAGCUGAAUGACCUGGAGAAGAAAGGUGUAGAGAUGGAGAAAGAGCUCCGCAAGUGCGAGGAAGAUGAAAGUGAAGAUGUUUUGAUGGUAGACUGGUUCAAGUUGAUCCGACAAAAACAACUGCUGAUGAGAAGAGAAUCUGAACUGGUUUACAUAUCAAAGACGCAGGAUUUGGAGGACCAGCAGCCUGGAGUGGAGGGGGAGCUGAGGAGGCUGAUGGAUAAGCCAGAACACCUGAAGACUGAGGCAGACCAAAAACGGGAAGAGGAGCUGAUGUCGAAGCUUGUAGAAAUUAUUAAUGAUCGAAAUGCGAUUAUUGAUGGUCUGGAUGAAGACAGACUUCGGGAAGAGGAGGAAGACCAAGAGAUGAAUGAAAUGAUGCAAAGAUUUGAAAUAAAGAAAGACACCGUAGGAAAAAAGAAAUCGUCUCCAAUUACCAAACUCUUCAGGCGGAAAAGUAAACAGAAACUUGAAGAAACUGUAGCGCACUAAAGCCCAGGGGAACUCUUCUUGUUCUGCUCUUCGUGAACAUUCUCGCACUGAAAGCAGCCAUAGAGAGGUGAUAAGUGUCUUGAAACAUCAGGUCCAAUACUAAAUGUAAUAUACAUUCUUCUGUCUCCUGUUUUGUACUUGCUGUUUGAAGGUAGUUUAAGUGAGGAAUGACCAAGCUACUAAGGUCACCAGCUGACUAAAUGUGACAUUUUUAUAAUUCAGAUAAAUGCUUAGGUCAGUUUUACAAAUUCAUAGAGCAUUGCAUUUGGGCUUCCAAGUGGGUGAAGAUCCACAUAGAGGGGGUGUAAAGUACCUGACUCCACCCACAGCUCAUGGCAGUGUGAUUUGGUUGAAAAUUGUGUUUGUUACUAUCAGUAAGCCAAGAUUUAGUCUAAUCAUUGACCAAAAAGUAAUAAUACUUGAAAGCUAUUGUUACUGAACUAUAUGAAAACUGUCUUAAUUCAAAGCCAUUUUUUUUAUUAUUAAUGCAAUUAUCAUUUUAUAAAAUUGGUAUAAAUGUUGAAUUUAUUUUGUCAAACUUUGGGUAUUACAGUUUUCAUGGGGGGGGGGGGGGGGGGGCCUUAACAGUGCUAAUCACAGCUUUUAAAACAUAUUUCUGAGUUAAUAAUUACAAUGAUCAUAAUCAUAUAUAUUAAUACUUUUACUCAAAUACAUAUGUACAUUUAAAUGAGACUGGUGUGUCGUACAGCCUUCGUUCAUGUUCUUAUCGAAGAUCUACUUGUUCAGCUGUCAAGUAUUUGUACAGAUUUUUGCUUGAUUCCUGAUGUUCUUUGUCACUCUGGAGACAUUAACCUUAGAUAACUGCAGAAUGUGGUUUUGUGUGGCCCUAGAGAAUGCAGCUAUGCUUGCUGCUGAAAGGAUUGUAUUCUUGUUUUUAUGGGUAUAAGUUCUCAAAUGAAAAUGUAACAUUUUAUUUUUUUUUACUUGUGCACUUUAUUUAAUAGACACUCUGCUGUGAAAACUGUGUUGCUUCUUUCGAUAGGAGAACAUUAAAUUAUAUUCUCCAUAGUUAAUACUUUUUAAAAACUAUUCUCAUUUUUAUAUGUUUUAAAAAAUAAUGAUUUAAGUCCACUAUAGCAAAAUGUUUAGAAGUCUCUUGCUGAACAAACUCAAGUACACAUUUAGUACAGCAGCGUGAUUCAUGUUGGAUCAUGUAGUAUUGAAAAGAGCUACAGGAGUAUUCCUAUUGUAUAGUUAGUGUAUUUUAGUGACCAGUAUACAGCACUUUCUUCUUUGAGACUUUCCAACAGAUGGUUAUGUGCAUUUUGUAAUUCUGUCCAGAAGUAAAGCUACUGAAACAACCAGAAGGUGGCAGUGUAACUUCUAAUAAGUAAUAUUCCUAGACCUACACAUCUGGUAAUCUGUAUCCCUGUUUAUAUAACGAAAUUGUUACAGUUCAAUGUAAAACUGAAGUGUCUCUAUAUUUAAUGGCAAUUUCAAUAAAAGUGCCUGUUUUAGACUUCAUACAAUGAUCAUAUUAGAGGCAGUGACUCUGCUUGGUGGUGCUCUUUGACAUACUGUAAAUGGUGGGAAAACCUGGCUUUUGGUUUAGGAGUAUUACCAUAUACAGCAUUCAAAUUAAAUGAACUAAAUUUUUUUUUUACAAUUUUAUAUACUGUAUGUGCAGUGUGUCCUCAAAAACAAACAUUGGGAUUUUUGUUUUAUUUCAACUCGAGUCUCUAGAAUUUUUACAUUGCGAGUUGUUUUAUAUCUUUUUUUUUUUUUUAUUGAUGUGUUUUAAGUGUAUAAAGAACAAAUCCUUUGUGGGAAUACAAAAUUGAAAAUGGAAACACAAAUAUAUUGGUGGUUGUAUAGGAAACUGUGAUCCAUAUGUCUGUCCUGUUUUAUUCAUUUUGUUUUCAACUAAAUAAAGCUUUACUACUUA